AUGUCGGAACAAACACAAUCUGCACAUAACGCCACUAAAAAGGAGAAACGACCGCCUCUCACCCACUUUCUUUGCUUUCCGCUCGUGAAUGAGACUUCUUUGCCCCAGUUGGAGGCAUCCCUGGCCAAAUUUCAGGCGGCAAUCCCGCUGCGGCCCAAAACAGCGAAUGAUCAUCCAUUGAAGCCCCGACCACCACUCUUCCCAGAUGCUGCUAUUCGACCGGUCGGUACGCUGCAUCUCACUCUGGGGGUGAUGAGUCUGACAACACCUGAACGUCUGGAGGCAGCUGUGGAGCUGCUGCAUUCAUUGGAUCUGGCAUCCAUGCUGCGAGAAGCAGAGGCGCAGGCGAGAAGACUUCCACGCAAAGGCCGUCCUCUGGUGACGCCGACGAACCCAGACGGCCCCGACUCGGAACCGCCAGCGACUUCAGAGGUGAAGGAAGAAGAAGACAUUCCCCUUCUUCAACAGCCUGUGUUGGUAGCCCCCGCUGAACCAACGCCACAAAAACGGCCACUGGAGCCGCUUUCGGUCUCUCUAGAAUCGCUGCAUGCCCUGCCAAAGGCUAAGGCCGCGACAGUCCUAUACGCCAGCCCUGUGGAUGCUACUUCUCGCUUAUAUCCGUUCAGUGUCAUGUUGCGAGACAAAUUUCUCGAAGCCGGCUUUCUGGAGGGAGAAUACAAAAAGUCAAAAGCUAAAAAUCAUGUCCGAGACGAGGUCUGUGAGACAGAAGAGGGAAAUAAAGAAGGAGAAGGAGACUCAGCACUGAGAUCAGAGGAAACGGCCAUCCAUCAGUCUCUUUUAGAGGAAGUUCCCACAGGCGUUGCCGAAGAUCCACCCCCCAGCGCUGACAGAAAACGACAUCGAACAAAGGUUAAAAAACCCAAGCCAAGGCCACUCUUGUUACAUGCUACGGUGGUGAACACGAUCUACGUACGCGGCCGGCAUCGGGAGAAUAACAAUAACGACAAUAAUGAUAACAACAACAACAAUAAAAAGAAGCGUAAGAACGGUCCCCUGACGUUUGAUGCCCGGGGUAUUAUCUCCCAUUACAAAGACUACUAUCUCGACGAAACGAGGACCCAAGCGCGGCCCUUUCCGACCGAUUGGAGUGAAGAGACAGAGCAGCAAAUAACCGUUCCCAGCGAAGAAGAGGAGGAAACGUCUACUACUUCCGAAGAAGAGGAAGUAGAAGGAGGAGAAGAAGAAGACGAUACUCGCCGCCCCCCUCCCAAGAAACUGAAGACCGGAGGACAACAGCAGAAAUAUCCCUUCAUCUGGGCCGAAAACCUCACUCUCGAGAAACUCUGCAUCUGCGAGAUGGGCGCGAGGACACCGGACGAGGACAAUGCCCUUGCAGUCCGUCUCGGACAGGAAUAUCGCAUCGUUGCGGAACGGAGCUUGUUGGAUCUUGAUAAGCAGGAGCAGCAACAGCAGCAACAACAGCAACAGCAACGUGAUCAUCAUGAUGUAGAGGUCGAUGUAGAUAUACCAGGACAAGAAGAAGAACAUGCUGAUACCGACAGCACAGAUAGUAGCGAUGGUGGCGUGAGGCUCUCACAAUCCCAGCUAUGA